GUGUUGGUGUCGUCGUCGUCGUCGUCGUCGUAUGGGUCGUACGUCGUACGCGAUAUGUAAUGUCUGGUAAUGUCUACCAUCGUCGUUCAGUAACAAGACAUUUCCAACGUCAUUGUUAAACAACGUUCAUCUCAAAAUCUGUGGCGUGACUUAUACUUGUAUGCACAGCACGUGAGUCACAGUAAUAUCGAUUUCGAUAAAAACAGCAAUUUCACGUACAAGGUGCGACAAUGUCAUUUUUCGGAGUAAACGUCAAUCCAUUCUCGACACCAGUAGGCCAAAAGAUUGAACAAGCUACCGAUGGUAGUUUACCAAGCGAAAAUUGGACGCUAAACAUGGAAAUAUGUGACAUCAUAAACGAAACAGAGGAUGGGCCGAGAGACGCGAUUAAAGCAAUUAAACGUCGGCUCAAUCAGGCCGCUGGCAAGAAUUAUACUAUAGUCAUGUAUACCCUUACUGUACUGGAGACGUGCGUGAAAAAUUGUGGGAAACGUUUCCAUGCCCUUGCUUGCUCGCGAGAGUUCGUGCAGGAACUGGUUAAGCUGAUUGGUCCGAAAAACGAACCGCCGACGGCAGUCCAAGAAAAGGUUCUGAGUCUGAUUCAAACUUGGGCAGACACGUUCCGUCAUCAGCCACACACUCAAGGAGUCGUCCAAGUGUAUCAAGAGUUAAAAGUGAAGGGCAUACAAUUUCCAAUGACCGACUUGGAUGCUAUGGCACCCAUCAUUACCCCGGAAAGAAGUGUACCCGAGAUGGAACAGAACGUCGUGAACGUACCCGCGUCAGAGCAACGAUCGGUAUCUCCGAACAAUAGUAUGCCGUCCCCGUCACCACCGCCGCCGCCGCCGCAAGUCCAAGAACAUCAGUCUUCUGCGCAAGUAGCUCAGCUGAACGAGCAGCAACUGGCCAAACUACAAAGUGAACUCGACGUCGUGCAACAGAAUAUGCGUGUCCUAUCGGAAAUGUUGGCGUACUUUACGAGUUCGGAUCAAAAUAGUUCAAUUCCGCAAGAACCCGAUGACGCGGACCUCGAACUUUUGACUGAGCUUCAUUCCACGUGCAAAGCGAUGCAAAAACGUGUCGUUGAUUUAAUUGGGAAAUUGGCGCAUGACGAAAUGACGGCAGAAUUGUUACGUAUCAACGAUGAAUUAAAUAAUUUAUUCUUGCGUUAUUCGCGUUACACGAAAAACAUGGCUGUCGCCGCGUCUACUAUUUUGGCACAAACGAUCGGACAUCCGCCGGCCAUGGAUUCGUCGACGGCGAUUGCUGCUAUUACUACUGGUACUGGUACUACUAGCACUACUACUCCUCCUACUACUAUCGGUACUACCGGUAAUACUACUACUACUACUACUAAGCAAGAAGCUGGUGGUGAUUCGCUCAUCGAUCUGUCCGAUGAAACUGAUGCUUUGGAAAAGAAAAUUACUGGAAUGGGCAUCACCGAUAAUAGCGAGAAAGAUAGGAUAGAUCGAAGAGAGAAAAAACAAGGUGAUAACGACGAAUUCGACAUGUUUGCACAAUCGCGCAAUACGUCUUACGAGACUACAAAAAACAGUGGUAGCAAAUACGAGGACAAUUUGGAGCAGGUGAGCGGAGGGAGUCUGAGCACGGCGAUUCUCAACCGCAGUAAUCCUAAAAAUCCCCAGCAGACUGCUUCUACAGUUGCUUCUACUACUGCUACUUCCCUGAACCGGGAGUCUGAAUUUAAUGAAAUGGCUGCGUGGCUAGAUCAUACGCCUGGAGCGCAUGGUGAUCAAGAAUCCCUGACAUCGUCGGAAUUCGAACGUUUCUUAGCGGAACGAGCGGCCGCGGCCGAAGCUUUACCAACUCUACCAGCCGUACCACCCGGUACCACAAACACCGGAAGCACCACGGAUUCGACAAACUCUGCCACCAUUCAACGCCAGAUCAACAAGGAUCAAGAUAAAUCUUUAUUCGCUCUUUAAAUUCUGCUAUCCAUCCGCCCCUACACACACACACACACACACACACACACACAGAGUUGGAUUUUAGCGAAGCUGAUGAGAAAUUAACAAUCAUCAAACAUACACUUUCUAAUCAAUUUUCGAUCGAUGCUUCAUCAUCUCGAUAUUAGUGGACAUUGCGCGCGAUGAUGGGUAACGGAGAGGAACGACACAGAGAGAAGAACAAACAAGACAUUUUGCGCUUACGUGUGUACUUGAGAAUAUAUAGCUGCGUACUAAACGACCGUGAAUUAGUAUUCGAUUGUGUUGUAAAAAUUUCAUAAUAUCGAGGUAAAUUAUUUGAAAAUAAUCGUUACGCGUAAAUAUAUUAUAUAUUACGAGAAAUAAAACCAUCAACUUAUUACAUGUUAAUUGUAUAUAAAACAAAACACAUUGUAAGCAGAACGAUAUUUGCGUUACAGUGCGUGUGUCAUGCGGUGGUGUGUGUGUGUGUGUGUGUGUGUGUGUGUACGCGCGCGUGCGCACGCGGUCUCAUGCCUUGGAGCCAUGUAUAAGAAUCAAUGAUUGAUUUGUCCAGUUACAUUUUCAAUUUUUCAAAUUUCCAGCUGGUCCAUAAACAAUGAAUAUCGAUAACGAUUAUCUACGAGACAAGCGAUUCACUUAUCCUGCUAGUCUAGAUUUAUUUUUCUACCCUCAAACUUGUGUCUCAAUUAUUUUUGUCUCUCGUAUCUAUAGACACGGUGGUUAGUGAGAAUUUUUAUUUUUCAUCUAGUAUCAUCAUCAUAGAUUAAUAUAAAUUUACGAUUAAUAACAAUGUUAUAUAACGUUGCGUACUGAUAUAUUGCAGAUAAUUAAUAUAUUCUAAAAUUAUAUUCUAGGAAUGUACUACUGUAUGUAUGAUUGAUAACGGCAAAGAGAAGGCUUGAGAAGUAAACGUUUACGUUGGUCUUUUUAACGCUAUUGUAUACUUGUCAUCAUUUUAUUAAGACGAGAGACCGAACGCAUUACGAAUGACGUGUAUUAUUGUAUAUCGAGAGAAUCAGCGUCCUUUAUGCAAUUUUAAAGAUGUGAUAAAAUGUAUUACAAAAAUCUGUUUAGCCAUCUUCGCGUGUUGCACCCUUUCUGUAUACCAGUGAACAAUUAUUAUUUUCGAAUGUCGAAUAGCCGCCAGUAUUUUUACUAAAUGUGUACGUUGUGUUUUCACAAACGUCCAUGUAUAGCGCUAAACGUAUUCAUUCUGUUAUAAAUGUUAUAGGAUAUAAGAGACGAGAUGCGUUAUCCUUUUGUGUUUAUUAUUAUACAUUUUUAAGAAGGGCGCGAAUUGGUAAAUAUAUUCUCAUUUGUAAAUCAUGUUUGACGACGUUCGAAUAAACAUGUGAAUAUAGUUUGUAAUCAA